AUGCUUGCUAUCCGUCCUGCUGUGCGGAGGGCCAUUGUGACUCAAUCACGCCGUGCUAUCUCCGCACCGCAGGCACUGGCACUGGGAGCUCGUCGCCCUGCUCGCCUUACAACUACGACCACGAAAUAUGGCGGGUAUUCACAAUGCCGUUCUUACUCUCGUCCUGCAGAUCCUCAAUUCUCGACCCGUUCGACCGUGGUGCAGUUGUUGAGCAACAUCGGCUCUAAGCGCGAAGUCCAGCAGUACCUCUCCCAUUUCACUUCAGUCUCUUCUCAGCAAUUCGCUGUUAUCAAGGUCGGCGGCGCUAUCAUCACCGAGCACCUGCAGACUUUGUCCUCCGCUCUUGCUUUCCUCAACCAUGUCGGUCUUUACCCGGUCGUUGUCCACGGUGCCGGUCCCCAGUUGAACAAGAUGUUGGAGGAUGCCGGUGUUGAGCCCCAAUUCGAAGAUGGCAUUCGUGUCACUGAUGGCAAGACCUUGGCUUUGGCUAGAAAGCUCUUCUUGGAGGAGAAUUUAAAGUUGGUGGAGGAAUUGGAGAAUAUGGGCGUCCGUGCUCGUCCUAUCACCACCGGCGUUUUCUCGGCAGAUUACCUCGACAAGGAAAAAUACAACUUGGUUGGCAAGAUCAACAGUGUGGACAAGAAGCCUAUCGAGGCUGCCAUUGAAGCAGGAUGUCUGCCUAUCCUGACCUCAAUGGCUGAGACCCCCGAGGGUCAGGUUCUCAACGUCAAUGCUGACGUUGCUGCUGGCGAACUCGCCCGCGCUUUGCAGCCCCUCAAGAUUGUCUACCUUGCUGAGAAGGGAGGUCUGUUCAACGGUGACACUGGUGAGAAAAUUUCCGUCAUCAACUUAGACGAGGAAUACGACCAUCUCAUGACACAGUGGUGGGUUCGACAUGGUACACGCCUCAAGAUCAAGGAAAUGAAGGAGCUUCUCUCCGACCUUCCUCGCACAUCCAGUGUUGCUAUCAUCCACCCAGCGGACCUUCAGAAGGAACUGUUCACCGACUCUGGAGCCGGUACCAUGAUUCGACGAGGUAACAAGGUUCACAUCAAGUCUUCCCUCUCCGAAUUUGAAGAUCUUGCUGCCCUCAAAGACGUGUUGAUCCGCGAACGUGAAGGCCUAGACGCCAAGGCUACUGUCGAUCGCUACGUCGAAGGCCUCAAGGACCGCCCUUUCAAGGCCUACUUCGAUGAACCCAUGGAUGCUCUGGCCGUUGUCCUUCCUCAGCAAGACUCUGCCUUUGCGCAUCUCGCUACCUUCACCAUCACCAAGGCUGGCUGGCUUACAAAUGUUGCCGACAAUGUGUUCACCAGCAUCAAGAAAGACUUCCCCAAGCUUGUAUGGACUGUGAAGGCCGAUGACGAGAACCUUACGUGGUUCUUUGACAAGGCAGAUGGCAGCCUUUCCCGGGAGGGUGAUGUCCUUUUCUGGUACGGGCUGGAAGAUGGCGAUGAAGUCAAGCAAUUGGUUCUCGAGUUCACCAAAAACGGCCGUCAGAUGUUCGGUGACUACAACCUUGAGGCUAGAUUGCAACGUGCUGCUCAAGCUGCUCUGAACAUCGGCAAGAAUGGCCAGCAGAAGCGCUCUUACUCGACUCUUCGCACCAACGCUCUCCAGUCGUUCCGUAGCGGAAGCCAAGGUAUCAGUGGUCGACGAUCAUACAGCACCAACCCCAACCCUCCUCUUGGAGAGAAGAACGUUUCUAAUAACCGCCCCUCCAAAGUUGCUCUGAUCGGUGCUCGAGGAUACACUGGUCAAGCACUGAUCAACCUCAUCAACGCUCACCCUAACAUGGACUUGCGCCAUGUUUCUUCUCGUGAGCUCGCUGGUAAGAAGCUCGAAGGCUACGACAAGCGGGAAAUCAUCUAUGAGAAUCUAAGCCCCGAUGAUGUACGCCGAAUGGCUUCAAAUGGCGACAUUGACUGCUGGGUCAUGGCUCUUCCCAAUGGUGUCUGCAAGCCUUUCGUCGAUGCAGUUGACCAGGGAGCUGACAAGGGCGGUUUGAUUGUCGACCUCAGCGCCGACUACCGCUUCGACCCAUCCUGGACCUACGGUCUCCCUGAACUAGUCAACCGAUCUGCUAUUGCUCGCGCAACCCGCAUUGCCAACCCUGGAUGCUACGCCACUGCUGCCCAGAUUGGUAUCGCGCCUUUGGUGCCUCACUUGGCUGGACAGCCAACCGUCUUUGGUGUUUCUGGUUAUUCAGGAGCUGGCACCAAGCCUAGCCCCAAGAACGACGUCAACGUGUUGACCAACAACAUUGUUCCUUACAGCUUGACGGACCAUAUCCAUGAGCGGGAAAUUAGCGCUCAACUCGGAACCAGCGUCGCCUUCAUUCCCCACGUCGCUGUCUGGUUCCAAGGUAUUCACCACACCAUCAGCCUUCCUCUCAAGGAAGAAAUGUCAUCUCGAGAUAUCCGCAACCUGUACCAGGAUCGUUAUGCUGGCGAGAAACUGGUCAAAAUCGUGGGUGAACCACCUCUCGUCAAGGACAUUGCUGGUCGUCACGGUGUCGAGAUUGGUGGAUUCGCUGUGCACUCGAGCGGUAAGCGGGUUGUCAUCUGUGCAACCAUCGACAACCUUCUCAAGGGAGCUGCCACACAAUGUCUUCAAAACAUGAACCUCGCGCUUGGCUACUCCGAGUAUGAGGGCAUCCCACUCGAGCUUGUUGCCACGUUGGGCCACAAUAGCACGUCUAAGAAAAUCAACAGAAAAGCCAUUUUGAACGUGGAUGUCCGCCGAGCGUGUGACACCAUCAUGAGUCCCGAAGCUCCCAUGGCCUUGCGACUUCAAGGAAACCUUCUAUAUGGCGUCGCCAAGGUGUACAGCCGCCAGUGUGUGUACACACUCGCUGACGUCCAAGCCAUGCUCGACAAGAUGAAGACUGUACUUAAAGUUGUUCACGGUAGAGGCUUGCAGGCAGACGCUGGCAAAGCAAGACCAGAGGAACUAAUCGUGCCCUACGAUCCAGCUUUCAUCCCUGACUUCACAUUUCCUAGUAUCGACCUUGAAUUGCUCAAUGCUCUUCAAUCAGUUGCUCCUUCAAAAUCAAAGCUCGACUCCAGCCUGCUCUCCUCCAACAUGAGUAACUCAUCUCACUCUCAGCUCGAGCUCAUUACCCUUCCUCAACUGGAUGUAGAUGCGUCCAACACCAUUCUUGCUGAGUUUGGUGGAUUUUCUUCCGCUAGCGGCAAUACUCACUUUCCAGAAAAUCACAAUCUUUUUGAACGGCUCGAUUUGGGUGGAGAAGAACAGGGACUUCUUCUACAACCUGACUUUGACUUUGACGAGGACGGCAAUAUCGUGGAUCUUGUUAUGACAGGUGCUGCUGCUAUGCCGCCUGCGACGCCCGUGAGAAGCAGAGUGAGCCACGAAAAGAUCAACGACAUCCUUCAGGAUCCACAGGAUCUUGAAAUAAUGGUCAUCACUCCCGUGAUGAAUGCUCUUAACGAUGCUCAAAGCGAUGCCCAAGAUUACCAACAACCAUCUCCAACCUGGGGCCGUCUUCCUGAUCCUGACUACGUCAACGACACUUCGGGAGAAAAUGUUGUUUCCAAUCGGAAGCACCGCUCGCCUAAGACAAUGAAAGUGGACAUAGUGACCCAGAUCAGUCGCGACGAACUGCUACAGUGGGAUCGCGAUUACUUGGAUAUCAUGUCUCGUCUUAAUGUACAGAGGGCUAAUGCGAAGGGCCAAGCGCAAGCUAGAAAGAAUGCAGCAUCCUGGGUUGCUGGGCACGGCAUUGGCUCCGUGGGAAUGAGCAUUGGUAACCACGGUUUUGCCCAUCCCUGGGAGUCAUUCUGCGGUGCUUCACUUCUUGCUACGCUCUCAGAUGAACCGCUAGUAAACGAAAAGCCUCGCAAGCGCAGUUCAAACCCCGAGGAAGAUGAUGAAGGCCACGGCAGAAACGUACGUCGAAGGGUUUCAGACGAUGGUGUUGAAGUUGGCUUGACUCGCCCGUAUGAGAGUCGCAUGCAAGAGGAUGUAGAACUUGGUCUCAAUGCUCCGCCCUCUCUUCCCGACGACGCCUCAUCCCAAAUGCCCUGGAAUAUCACGGCUUCGCUGCAGGGAUCAGUUGCGGACUCCUCGAGUGUACCCCGUCCAUUUGAUGGGUUUGAUCGGUUUGAUCUCUCAUCUCGACGAUACGAUCGCGGCUUGGGUAGACCAGGUAGUCGCUUCUCUAGCGCAAGUCCACUAGCGAGACGAGGUCUUCCUCAGGAUCUAUUCGGUCAUGAUAGCCUCAGCAGCCUAUCGCUCAGAGACUUUGGGGAUUUUCAUGAUGAUGACCUUGGUGAUUUACUUCACGGGGCUGGUUCUGAUAGUUUCGCCGAGCUGAAUGGCAAUGCGUUCGAGAGCCAAAUCACGUUAGCCAGUCUGGACAACAACGACAGGAACUUCCUAAACUUUUUGCAGAUACGUGUGCAGAAUUCUAAGGAUGGAAAAGGAUCGCCUGGUAUCCAGAAGAUAGCAUUCUCCGAAUUGCUGCCAGCAACCUCGACUUCUCGCGCUGUGGUAACGCAAGCCCUGUUGCAUGUGCUGACCCUUGCGACCAAGGACGUUAUUCAAGUUUCACAGGGCAAACGUUGUAAGAGAGCGCCAUACACUAUCGAAGAUCUCGACGAAAUUCGCCUCAGUAUCAGAAAGUAG